CAGAUUUCCAAUGUGUUUCUUUGAAACUGGUGUAUCAGUGUGAGGACGUGAGCUUCAUCUUCAACAUUUCCUGCUUGCCUGGUGGAGUAGUGGAGUUGCAUUAAGAACAUUUCCCCCCGCAUACCAGGAGAACAAACAUUUGGAGGCAGAGAAACAUGAUUGCAGCUGCUCUGGUGAUGUGUGCUGUUGGGCUGUUCUGCUCUGAUGGUGUGGAGACUCAGGUCUGUGUAUCCAGUCAUGAGGCAGCAUGUUUGGUACCAGCUGAUUAUCUGAAUCGAUCUGGUCCCAUCAGCAAAGAGUUGGCUGUGGGUAAGAAACUCAUCAUCUCCCUGGAGGGCCUCUCUGGAUCUCCUGUCUGCCACUGGAUCAGAGGAAAAGACCGAGUAAUGAAAGCCAGAAAUGGGAGUCAGUCCAUGGUCACACCACUGCUUUCUGAGACAGAUUCAGGGGGGUACACUCUGACCUGUGACUCCAACAAUGCCGCCAUGUUCUCCACGACUGUGAUUCUUCAUGUAGUAAUGAAACGUCCAACAAAACCAAAGCUGAUGCUCGAUGGUGUUGACGUGUCAGAUACUUCCCCCCUUUUUAAGUGUGUCUCUGAGGGUUUCCCAAAUCCCACAAUUAAAUGGUCUGGGGUCAGGGAUAGGGAUAAAACUUUUAAGGGAAGCGAUGGAAGGACAGAGAGCACAAUUUCAAGCACUGAAUAUUAUAAUAGAGGAAUGAUGUGCUGUGCAACCAAUGCCAAAGGACAAGAGUGCUCCCAACUGUAUGACUACGACUUGAUGACCAAAGAUGAGGUAUCUACUGUCACCCUGAGCGAAGGUCAGUCUCUGCUGCUUCGCUGCAGAGUAAAAGGAUACAGUCUGAAAUCACCUGUGUGGGAGAAAGGAGGAAGACUGCUCGAUGCCAGGACAUUAGCAUGCAAACCAGAGAAGGAGGAGGAGGAGGAGAAGGAGGCGGAGAUGUGCAUUAAAAAUGACUCACAUUACGAUGUUCGGAUGGCCUACCUGUCCAUCAGAUCAGUGAGAGAGGAGCACAGCGGCACAUACACCUGCACGAGUACAGAUAGAAACUCAAAGUCUGUUUAUGUUCAUGUCUCAGGGAGUCCACCUACUUAUAACAACUUGAUGCUGCUGAAAGUAAGCAGUUUGAUUCUCCUGCUGACUUGGCUAUAGUCAGUGAAGUGCUCAUGUUCCUCAUCAAAAAUUAGCUGUUAUAACACCAUAACCACCAGACCUUAAGCGACUGCAACAAUCCAAUGACCACUGUGGACAUUUGAGUGAAACAGAAAAUUAGACUGAUUACUGACACAUCUGAGUCAGAUAUUUGAGAAGGAUCUUCUGCAACCAUCAUGUACAGAGUGAUCACCUAUAUAACAUUUUAUCCAUACGACAUGUUACGCAAUAUUCUUUUCAUAAUAAUUUAGAGCACAAUGAACUUGUUUUACAUUUUAUUCAAAUGUAGUUUAAUUUCAUAGGUUGGAUAAAAAAAUAAUAAUUCAGCUUUACAAUAUCUGCAUGUGUUACAAAAUGUUUCUAUAUACAACUCAAACAAGUUGUGUUUUACUAUAACAUAAUCUGGCAACAUUUUUAUAUUCUGCAAAGUUUUAUAAUAUGCUAAUUUCCCUAAAAGAAUCUUAAUUAAAGUAUUUUAGAUCGGGCUGCAAAACAAUUUUCUACAAAAUAAGUGGCACUAGAUUUUAUCAGAUAAGAUAUUGUUACUAAAGAAAUUAUCUUUCUUGUUUUUAAACACCCAUCAAUGAUUGCAAGCAUUUUAUGUAUUUAUCUAUUUUGUAGAUUCUUAUUUUUAUAGACUUUAUAUGCUGUUGCAUUUUUAUUCUGUACUGUAUUCUGGCAUAUGUCUGUAUUAUACAUACAUUAUGCAGUAAAAGUUGCUUUACUCAUUCAUAAUAAAACUGA